AUGAAGUUGUUUUAUUCCACAACAUUACUCGGCUGUCUAAUAUUGGCUUGGACAGCUAAUGCUCAGCGGCUCGGAAGGAGGCAGUUUCCUGGACUUGAUCAGGUACCCAUCUGCGCGGUUCGUGAACUUCCAAUUGCAUAGAAAAACCACUUUCUAGGUUUCUUGAGAACAGAACUUCACUGAUGCCACGCAUUCUCGGACCGUCUAUCUUCUGAUGAUUCUCUUGUCCAGUUCUUCAUAUGAUGUUUCUAACAAGAUGUUUAGUUGGGCUGUCUCGCCACUCUAGUACCGCAAUAUUGCACUUCGUUCACCAACACCACUUGUAUAUGUACCGAUAACGACUUGGUUGAUGCUAUACAGCCUUGUGUCUUUCAGGUCUGCAAUAUUACUGAGUCACUACGAGUACAGAAAUAUCAAAAGGACAGCUGUGGUGUUCAGAACGACAAAUCACGACAACGCUCUUAUCAACACACGGCAUACGUUUUUAUAAUAUUCUGCACUUUUUUUGUCGCUGCCCGCUGCUAUGCAAGAGUACAACUGGGAAUGGGAAUGGCGGCCGAUGAUUGGGUCAUGGUGGCAGCCGGGUGCAUCUUUAUUGUAAUAUCUGUUGGGGUUUUGGAUACUGCAGAGCGCAAUUUUGGCCAGCACCUCUAUUAUCUGACUCCGGAAGAAGUAACAUAUUCAUUGAAGGUGGGUGCUUACGGUUUUAUGAAGAUGUCUUCGAGCUGACUUGCUGUAGUGGUUCUACGUACAAGAGAUAGCCUACAAUAUCUGUGGCAUGCUCGUCAAGUUAUCACUGCUGCUUUUUUUCAUGCGCAUCUUCCCAGCACCGACUAUCCAGCUUGGUGCCAAAUGUUUUUUUGCAAUCAUAGUAGUUACUUAUCUUCUUUUUGCAUUUCUGGCGACUUUUCAAUGCGUAAGUCAAUACGUUCCAUGUCUCCUAAACUUAUUAACGACAUGUAGUGGCCAGUCCGGGGGGCGUGGGACAACUGGAUGUACAAGUCUCCACCCAUCAAAUGCAUUGAAAUUUACAGCGUAGUUAUUGCGGGGGGGAUCGUGACCGUUGCCUACGACGCCAUGAUCUUGUUGUUCCCUCUACCAGCAAUAUGGCAGUUGCAGCUGGCGAAGAAUAAAAAAAUACAACUUAUGAUGGUAUUCUCUCUCGGAAUAUUCGUGGUCGCCUGUAGUGCCGCCAGGAUUCCCCUUCUAUUCGUUAUGCGAGGCUCAACCGACGUUUCUUGUAAGUAACUCUACACAUUACGUUUCUUGAAAACAAUAUUAAUAUUCAAAUAGGGGACCAACAACCGGUCGGAUUUUGGAGCGAGACUGAAUUGGGUGUUGGGAUAAUAUGUGCCUGUCUCCCACCUUGUCGGGCGCUCGUUAUGAAUCUUUUCCCGAAAUUGACCUCUAUACUCGGUAGUCGUAGUGCGCGACAGCCAAGUGCAACACCGGCAACUAUUUCAGGACGCGAGGGACAUAAGUGGAAGGGUGGAAGAAAGACAAUAACAGUCACCACAACAACAACGGUGAUGGGCAGCUUUAUUCCAUUGGAGGAUAUGAGCCGCCAUCAGUUUGGACCCGAUUCAGAAAAGGCGAGAAACGAAGUGUGA